GUCUUCGGGGCUGUCCAUAUACCUACCUCGUACCCCUCUUUCCAUCCUCUAGAAUUGUCUCGUGCGAGGGGGUAUUACAGGAGCCUUGCCGCCACAUGCCCGACGACAAAGUGAGGGCAACUCGCUCAUGGAGGUCAUAGGCUCGGUAGCCUCUCUCUUGCAGCUAAUCAGCUGCACGGCCAAGAUUGUCAACUACUGCAUCGACGUCAAAAAUGCCCCGCAAAAGAUCGACGAGCUCGGCCGGACAUCGAGCAUGCUGCUCCCGCUGCUGUACCAAGUCAAGGACGCCAUGCUGCGGCGCGGCGCCGACGCCGGCGGCUCUGCGCCUCACGGGAAUGCUCCGGGUCCCGGAGACCUCAUCCGAGAGCUGGAGGAGUGCAUGGUCGACAUCUCUCAGAGAUUCGAAAAAUCCCGGUCCAAGGGCCUCUUAGCGCGAGCCAAGUUUAUACAGAUGGAGAAGGAUAUACAGAAAACCAUCGAUACGGCAGCGCGUACGAACAGCUUUCUGAACUCGUGGCUCUCGCUAGAUAUCAAGCAGACGACCGAGGCUAUCGAUGACGGUGUCAGGGCCCUCAACAGCCGCGCGGAACAGGAACAGCUCGCCGGCAAGAUGGACCGCAUAAUACAGCACUACGCUCCCGUCAGCUUUUCAGAGAAGCACGGCACUGUCCUUCAAGAGAGGCAGCACGGCACCGGCCAGUGGUUCCUCGACUCUCCGGAAUUCCAGAGCUGGCUACAGUCUGACGGCGCGACCAUGUGGUGUACCGGGGCGCCAGGCGCCGGCAAGACCGUCAUGGCCUCGGCCGUUAUCGAGUACCUCCUGGAGAAAGCGCGCGGGACGAGCUCGUUUGGCGUCGCGUAUCUCUACUUCGAUUACCGCCAGCGCCACGAUCAGAAAGCGUGGAUCCUGCUCGGGAACCUUUGGGCGCAGAUGUUCCGUCGCCGGGGACCCUCCGCGACCGAGAUCGAUCAGACCUUUGGAGAAGUGUUGGCCCGCCACGAGUCGUCGCCAAGCAGCAAUCAGAUAGUGAAUAUGAUACGAGACGAAUUAGCCAGCGGGAGUCUCGAGCGUUUCUACGUCGUGAUCGACGCUCUCGACGAAUGUGGCGACGAAAGCGAGAGGAACGUCUUUCUAGACAGACUGCAAAGCUUACAGCCCCCGAUCAACGUGCUGAUCACCUCCCGGACCAAGCAUCUUGACGAUUGCGGGCUUGCCGACGUGCGAGCUUUUGACUUUGCGCCCACCACCGAAGACAUGAGCACCUACAUCAACGCGAGGAUACGCGAAAACAAAAAGCUGUGGAGCUACGUGGGCCGGAGACCAGAACUGGAAGAGGAUAUCCGUCGUAUUAUCAUCGAGAGAGCUAACGGAAUGUUUCUCCUUUGCAGGAUGCAUCUGGAUUCUAUAAGCAAAGCGAUCACUCUAAAAGGUUUGAAGGACGAGCUCCGCCACAUUCCGCGUGGUGAGAACGUCCUCAAGGAAACCUAUGACCGCGCCGUAGAACGGAUUCGGGACCAGGGCGGAAUGAUAGAGUCCUUCGCGUUGGGGGUGAUCCGCUGGGUUUGCUCCGCGAGGCGACCCCUUAAAUUGGCCGAGCUCCUGUGUGCCCUCGCCGUCGAGCCCGGGGACGAAGGGUUGGACGAAGACGCCCUCGCUGACGAAAACGACAUCACUAACUAUUGUGCCGGGCUGGUGGUUGUCGAGGGAGAGAGCAAGACCGUGAGAUUCGUCCACUACACGACCCAAGAGUACUUCAAUUCGUUGCGAGAAACGGACGAAUUCGUCCAUAGCCAUGGCGACAUAGCCCGAAUUUGUACCACGGUGCUAGGGUUCAAGGAACUGACCAUCCCGGCAGGUGGCCAACUAGCCCAGAUCUGGUCUUCGUCGGAAGAGAUGCCCUUUUUCACGUACGCGGCCCUGAAUUUUGGGUAUCACUUUCGCCAAGAGUUGCGCGCCCAGGAUUUGCACGGCGACGACGAGUCUUUGCAGGAUACCACGGAUAUGCUCCAUGCUCUCCUAAAUAACCCACAGCAUGUCCAGCGCGUAGCGACCGCGAUCCUCUUGAACAUACAUGGGAGAAUACCAGGGUUCAUGCAAGACCCCAAUACCCGCAAACACAUCACCCUGAAUGCCACAGCGAUACAUAUAGCUGCGUUCUUCAAUGUUCUCCGGCAUAAUUCGGAGGGCCGCCCAUUCGGGGUAAACCUCGAGUGGUUGGUGGAGAAUGAAGGGAAGGUUGCGGACUAUCAAAAGCCAAUGUUCGGGAACGCCCUUCACUGGGCUUGCCUCGACAACUCUGUUGAAUCUAUCCAGAUUCUUCUGAGCAGCCCAGCGAUCGAGCUCGACGCCCAUUUGCCAAUAGCGGGUCCCGUGGGCUGGACGCCAUCGUUCGUCUCGGUCGCCUACGGAUCCCUCGGUACCCUGCAGGCGCUGUUGGACUACGGAGUUAACAUUUAUCAACCUCUUCAAAACGAAUAUCGCGGAACCCUUCUCCAGGCUGCUAUCGAAUGGGCUCACACUACCAAGGGGCCGAGCAAGACAGCAUCGAUAGACGCGAUCAUGAAACGGGACGCAAUCAGCCGUCUACUUGUCCAGACCGACGUUUACGCGAACACGGCACUCAUGGAGGCUGUGCGGACCGCCGAUUAUAGCGUGUUUGAAUGCGUGAUGGGAUAUUACGAGAACGCUCCAUGGCCACCUCAGUUGAAGCAUCAGGCAAUCUUAGCAUCCGAUUGUGAAGGGAGGACGGCCCUGCACUGGGUUCUCUCGGACUCGUCUCUGAGAUUUAAAAAUCCGGAUAGAUCCACGGUGUCUGGCCCGCUUCGGAUGCUAGAAGCGCUUUUAGAUACCCCUUUCGCCAAUAGCCUCCUACAACGGCGUGAUAGGAAGCGCGACACCCCAUUUGAGGGGGCGAUCCGCCUGAAGCAUAUCCAGGCCGUCGAAACGAUCUUUGAGAAACACAAGCAGCAUGGAUUUACCGAUUUUUAUCCAUCCCAGUUAGAGUCCGGCUUGAACCUGGCUGCUCGGGUUGCCGAUACCCCUAUGAUCGAAACCUUGUUGAGCAAACUCAACUACGAGCUUCCCAAGCGCCCCAACGAGGAAACAGUUUUGCACCACGCCGCCGGCGGCAAUAGGCCCGAGAACAUGGAAUUUAUCCUGCAGAAACUCGCUGGUUUUCAUUUGUACAAUGUCCCAGGGCCUGAGGGGAACUCGCCCCUUCAUUAUGCGGCGGCUAGCGGCAACCUAGAUGCGCUGACGGCUCUAUUAGGCCAGGAGGGAAUCGACGUGAACUUGCGUAAUGAUUGCGGACAAACCGCCUUGCACGUGGCCACGAGCAAAAACUUGGUGGACGCAUGCUCGACUCUUUUAAAGGCCGGGGCCGAUAUCAAUGCGCGAGACGACGAUGGAGUUGUUGCGGCCAUAGUAGCCAUCGAAAACCGAUAUCCGGAGGUUCUAGCCGUCAUGAUUCACUAUCCCCUCGCUAAAUUCGGCGAUGAUGACCUUGACGCCGACGACAUCGCGUGGCUAGAGCAGCAACCUUGGGGGCACGACUUGCUUAGCAAACCUAGCCCUUCGUCAAAGUUAACCACAAGGCCCGAGUAUUGGCCGAGGGGGGAGGAAGACAUCGUGGAGGCAGCCUUGUGUCUAAAGCGGAAGCUGGGGGGACAGACAUCGCGGCAGGGCUACAGCUCUGCCUAUCUCACAUCUCUCAUUCUCGAUAUGGCGGAAUAUUGGGUCCGAUCAAGCAGCGUCAGAAUCAGCCUCAAAGAGGAUGGCGAGGUCAGGAGAUGGGGGGAUCCGCCGACGCCGUAUCUGAUGAGCAGGGCGAUCGUGGGGCGAUUGGCCAGGCCGGUGCGUCGGGUGGUGUUUGAGAUCACCGGUCACGACCAAGGCUACUGUUCCGAUCCCAGCCGGGGGGUGACUUGGACCUGGUUCACGGCGGACGUCCAUCGGCGGGAGAAUUCGGUGUUAAACCAGGAGCUGUCCGGCCCGCAGGACCAAGGGGGCGCCAACCGAGAGAUCUAUCUCGUGCACAACCGCGGCGCGAAUUGGCAGUGGCACACGCACAAGUUGUCGUGGAACCUGAUGGACAUGACGGCGGCGGACGCCGAGCGCGGCGUCUGGAUCCGAGGGCUGACGCUGGGGGACCGAAUCGUCAUCUUGGCGCACGCUCGGUAUCCGGGCUGGGAGAACUGGGUGCAGCGGGCCAAGAUCGACGUUUUCACGACAUGCCUCAAGAGCCAAGGCGAAUACGUGCGCGACGUCUUCUAGGAGGGAUCCGGCCGGUCUCGGGUGGAAAAUGCGGCGUGGCGCGGGUGCCUAUAGGUACGGAGAUGGUGGGCGGGCGUUGUGGGUAGAGCUGCCAGCAGAUUUGGCGGUUU